AUGUUGAAUUUCCCUGCAUUCUGUGUUCUAUCUUACAUAUCAAUAUCAUAUGUUGCUGUCAUUUAUGCGUCCUCGAAGGAUGCAAGACAAUACCCAGUUCUCGGAAGAGAUGAUCCUGCGGUGAUUAAAAGGAGGAUAAGGAAAGUGUUAAUGUUGACGGCAUUUAAUAUUGUUCUGGUACCCUUUUUACAAUGUCUCAUUAAGAAUCUUCGAGAUUCUACGGAUUCCUCCAUAUCAGUUAUUGGUGCCAUUAUGAAUUUGGGUAUAGUACCUGGCCAUUAUCGAGAUGGACAUUGGGAUAUUUCAUCGUACUAUUAUGACAUUAUAAGUGGUAUAUGGGUGGUGACGUUACUUUAUGUGGGUCCAUUGAUGGACUUAUUUUUGUUCUAUGUGUUCACUAAGGGUAAGACUCUAUAUGUGGAUUAUAAAGAUGAGUUUAGUAACAUUUAUUGCUUGAGAAACUACAUUUUUGCCCCAAUAACGGAGGAAAUAUUUUAUACAUCCAUGUUAUUAAACACAUACCUUAUGUUAUGCCCUAUAGAGAGUUUAUCCUUGAAGACAUUAUUAUGGCAACCUUCAUUAUUUUUCGGAUUAGCUCAUAUUCAUCAUGCGUAUGGAUCAUUCCGUACAGGGGACCAGAACUUGAUAACUAUUCUCAUGAAUACGAUUAUUCAGUUUGGAUAUACUACAUUAUUUGGUGCAUUUACCAAUUUCAUCUUUUUAAGAACUGGAGGGAAUUUAUGGGCGUGUAUGUUUGCUCAUUCCUUUUGUAAUAUUAUGGGCUUCCCCGGUAGAUCGAGACUCAGCUUGCAUUUUACCAUGAUUGAAGAAGUAAAAGGUGAUUGGAGGAGGAAGUUGAUUGCUGCUUGGAAUAAAAGUUAUAUAUUUUUGUUAUUUUUGGGUAUCUAUUUGUUCAAGGCGAAUAUAGAUACCCUUAUAUAUUCUCGUGAGUAUAGCAUAGACGUUUAA